AUGAAGCUUCAACCAUGGACACACAGCAAUUGGGCCUUGAGAAGACUCUCGCGCCCGUUCCCUCCUAACCUCCUACGGCCAGCUCAUGGCUCGCGCAGCUUCUCGGUCUCGUUAGUUCGUCCGUACCGCACCCUCGAAGCGCUUCAACAUGUCGACGUCGACACAUUCCGACAACAAUAUUUUGCCCCCGAGCACCCCGUUGUCCUACCACGCUCUCAAUUUCGUGACCUGCCUGCGGUGAAGAAUUGGUUUGAAAGCACCAAUUCUCGAUCGGGCGCGACCAGUGGGCCUGAAACUCGAUUGAACCUGGAAUACCUCGAAAAGCAUGCCGCCGACGCGUUCGUCCCGCUGGAGCUUACAGAGCUGGGGGUUUCCAGCUCAUGUGGCAAUAGAAUUGGCGAUCUGUCACAGCAAGCUAGUGCGUCGGACGUUGUAAGCUUCCGACAGUUCCACGCACCGCUCACGCUGUUCCUUGAAUGGAUGCGCACGGCCGAGACAUCUCCGCAGUCAACGCGACUCUAUCUCGCACAAUGCCAGCUGCUUGACCUGCCUCACGUCCUUCGCGACGAUUUUCCAACACCAGAUAUUGUUUCAAAGGCCGGCAAGGGUGAUAUUUACGAUACAAAUGUAUGGAUUGGACACCCUCCUACUUACACCCCGCUCCAUCGCGAUCCGAACCCGAACCUCUUCGUCCAGCUGGCUGGACAGAAGGUUGUGCGAUUAUUAGCGCCCUUGGAGGGACAGGCGCUUUUCUCCUCUGUACGAAGACAGCUAGGCAAGGAUGGAGGCAAGGGUGCGGCUGCCAUACGCGGAGAAGAGAUGAUGCAGGGUCAAGAACGAGCUUUGCUCGAUGAACGGGUAUGGGGUGACUCGGCCUCCGCAGACACGGAAGGAUCAGGCUAUGAGGCGCAUUUGGAGGCUGGCGAUGGCUUAUUCAUUCCGAAAGGAUGGUGGCAUAGCAUCAAAGGCGUCGGAGAGGGAGUGACUGCGUCGGUCAAUUGGUGGUUUCGAUAG